AUGUCACUCAAUAUGAACAUCAAGGAAGGCAAUGAAGAACACCAUUCCCUCAUGGACAGUACACGCUGGGGAAUGUCUGCAACUGCAGCUCCGGAGACAAUCGCGUUAACCGUCCUCGGAGAGUCUGAAGCGGGAGGUGUAUCUGGUCAUAGAUACUCAAUAUCUGACUACUACAUUUUGGUUAGCUACUGGGGGAUGCUGCGCUGGUUUUUGUCCUUCAUCUUGCUUGGUGGCGCAACGGCCAUUCUGGUCUCCAAAUCUAUCCCCGGCCUCGUGCCCUUCGCCAUUGUCAACGAGCUCUGUGCUGGUGCACAUAUACUUACAGUGUUCCCAUUGCUGAGGCAUUCCCAUUCACCCACCAACCCACGCCCACCUACAGUAUGGCUGGUUCAGUUUGUCGCCCUGCUUACCCUAACCCUGGCUGCCCUGGCGACCAGCAUCACAUUACUAUUGAAGACUCUUGGAUUCAAAAACGAAAGGAAUGGCGCUCUAUGCUACACCAGAAGCGGUGGACACUACCGGUGUCGCAGUGCGCGUAGCCAAACAUAUGAUAUGUCAUUGGUCUGUCUUGGUGGCUCUAUAGCAGUUCUGAUGUCGACCUUCGCUCGUACUGCCGACGGCCCCAAGUCCACUUUCGAUAUCCGUAACGCUAUGCAGAUGGCCAUGCAGACUGACGUCAGCAUCUUCCAUACUCAGGAGAGUUUGGAUGAGGGUGUCGCCAGCUUGUAA